ACUGUGAUUCGUGAACAUGGCGUAGAGGUUAGAAAAGUUUAAUAAUUUACAUUUGCUUUCAAAAAGUGAAUAGUAUAACAUUUUAGAUACAUUAUUAAUUAUUUAACACUAAUUUCAAUGGCGGAGCAAGAGACUAACUGUAUUUUUUGUAAAAUUAUUAGAAAUGAAGAGCCUAGUGAAAAGAUUUACGAGGAUGAUGAUGUCACAUGUAUUAAAGACAUUAAUCCAGCAUCAACACAUCAUUAUUUAAUAUUAUCAAAUAAACAUAUAUGCAAUGCAAAAACACUUAAACCUGAAGAUUCUGAUCUUUUUGAUAAGAUUGUUGCUACAGUAGACAUUAUCUCAGAAAAAUUGAAUCUUAAUCCUGCAUCUACACGAACAGGAUUUCAUUGGCCACCAUUUAAUACAGUUAAUCAUUUACAUCUACAUGUUAUUUCUCCGAUAGAGAAAAUGACUAUUAUAAAAAGUGUGAUGUUUAAAUCCAAUUCUUAUUGGUUUGUGAGUACUGACUACGUCAAGUCUCGUUUGGAAAAAAGUAAAUUAUAAAUAUAGAGUAUUAUAAUUUUAUUUGUUAUUUUUCAUCAUGGUAAUAAUAUGAAAGAUUUAUAUAAUUUAUAAUUGAAGCAUUUCAUGAAAUUGCAGGUAUAAAAUUAUUAUAAAAUUUUCAAAAUUAAUAGGUUUAUUGUAAAUUAGU